AUGGCGUCCGCUAUCCGCCGGUUAUUCCCGCAAGGCUGCCAAGGUCUCUUUGACGAAAACGGUGAAAUUUGCGGAUAUAUCGUCUCGCAUCCCAUUCGCAAAUGCGAGCCCCCAGCUCUCAACCAGCUUCUCGGCGAAAUCAGGCCGGAUGCGGAUCAGUACUACAUCCAUGACCUGGCUAUUCUGCCCGCAUUCCGUAGAUAUGGGCUCGCGCAUCAAUGUCUUCACGAGAUCUUGGAGAUUGUUGCUAAGGGAUAUGCAACUACUGGUCUUGUUUCCGUCUAUGGUACAGGAGACUUUUGGGGUCGAUAUGGUUUCAAGGCACCAGUAAUCGAUGAGGUAUUGGAGGGGAAGGUUCAAGGUUAUGGGAAUGAUGCGGUGUAUCUUGAACGCAAGAACGAGUCGUAG